GCCUUGCGCCCAGAAGGAUCCAGGGAGACUCCCUGUGGAGUCCCAUGCUGCCCUCCUUGGGAGCGUCCCCAGCCUUCUGCUCCACCCUCAGGGUUGGCCGACCUCUUGGCCUGCCUUUUGCUCAGAACCCUGUGUCAUUUUCUGCCUCUGAAGGUCCGAGACUCUGCCCAUCACUGUCUGCAUCUCUGUCCCCAUCUCUGUCUCAUGCUGAGCCUCUCUGUCUCCACCUGCCUGUCACUAUCUUUGUGUCUCUGUGACUCUCAUUUCUUGUUUUCUGUCUCCUGCUGCAUGGAAUUCUUUGCCUCUGCCCCUGCCCCCUCCAACUCCUAUCUGAACCCUGGUCUCUGUGUCCCUUAGGGCUUGUCAAACCCUUCUCCCCAGAGCCACCGGGAGAAGAGCCGGGACUGGACACAAGCCAGGACUGGGACAAUGGCAGUGCCCGGUCUGUGGCCCUGGGGAGCAUGUCUGCCUGUGAUCGUCCUCUCCUUGGGACUUGGCCUGGAUACACUAGAGGUGUGCCCCAGCCUGGACAUUCGCUCAGAGGCGGCAGAGCUUCGUCGGCUGGAGAACUGCAGCGUGGUAGAGGGCCACCUGCAGAUCCUGCUCAUGUUCACAGCCACCGGGGAGGACUUCCGGGGCCUCAGCUUCCCUCGCCUCACCCAGGUCACCGACUACCUGCUGCUCUUCCGUGUCUACGGACUGGAGAGCCUGCGCGACCUCUUCCCCAACCUAGCCGUCAUUCGCGGGACGCGCCUCUUCCUGGGCUACGCACUGGUCAUCUUUGAGAUGCCGCAUCUGCGUGAUGUGGGACUGCCUGCGCUUGGGGCCGUGCUGCGUGGGGCUGUGCGUGUGGAGAAGAACCAGGAGCUCUGCCACCUCUCCACCAUUGACUGGGGACUGCUGCAGCCGGCACCUGGCGCCAACCACAUCGUGGGCAACAAGCUGGGCGAGGAGUGUGCUGACAUGUGCCCUGGUGUGCUGGGUGCUGCUGGCCAGCCCUGCGCCAAGACCACCUUCAGCGGGCACACUGACUACAGAUGCUGGACCUCCAGCCACUGCCAGAGAGUGUGCCCCUGCCCCCAUGGGCUGGCUUGCACAGCGGGGGGCGAAUGCUGCCACACCGAAUGCCUGGGGGGCUGCAGCCGGCCGGAAGACCCUCGUGCCUGUGUAGCUUGCCGCCACCUCUACUUUCAGGGUGCCUGCCUGUGGGCCUGCCCUCCAGGUACCUACCAAUAUGAGUCCUGGCGCUGUGUCACAGCUGAGCGCUGUGCCAGCCUGCGCUCUGUGCCCGGCCGCGCCUCCACCUUCGGCAUACACCAGGGCCGUUGCCUGGCCCAGUGCCCUUCUGGCUUCACCCGUAAUAGCAGCAGCAUAUUCUGCCACAAAUGCGAGGGGCUGUGCCCUAAAGAGUGCAAGGUAGGCACCAAGACCAUCGACUCCAUCCAGGCGGCACAGGAUCUGGUGGGCUGCACGCAUGUGGAGGGAAGCCUCAUCCUCAACCUUCGCCAGGGCUACAACCUGGAGCCGCAGCUGCAGCACAGCCUGGGGCUGGUGGAGACCAUUACUGGCUUCCUCAAAAUCAAGCACUCCUUUGCCCUCGUAUCCCUGGGCUUUUUCAAGAACCUCAAGCUAAUCCGAGGAGACGCCAUGGUAGAUGGGAACUACACUCUCUACGUGCUGGACAACCAGAACCUACAGCAGCUAGGGUCCUGGGUGGCCGCGGGGCUCACCAUCCCCGUGGGCAAGAUCUACUUCGCCUUCAACCCGCGCCUCUGCUUGGAGCACAUCUACCGACUGGAGGAGGUGACGGGCACGCGAGGUCGGCAGAACAAGGCUGAGAUCAACCCCCGCACCAACGGAGACCGCGCCGCCUGCCAGACUCGCACCCUGCGCUUCGUGUCCAACGUGACGGAGGCAGACCGAAUCCUACUACGCUGGGAGCGCUACGAGCCACUGGAGGCCCGCGACCUGCUCAGCUUCAUAGUGUACUACAAGGAGUCCCCAUUCCAGAAUGCCACAGAGCACGUGGGUCCAGAUGCCUGUGGAACCCAGAGCUGGAACCUGCUGGAUGUGGAGCUGCCCCUAAGCCGCACCCAGGAGCCAGGGGUGACCCUAGGCCCCCUCAAGCCCUGGACACAGUAUGCAGUGUUUGUGCGGGCCAUUACACUGACCACUGCUGAGGACAGCCCCCAUCAAGGAGCCCAGAGUCCUAUCGUCUAUCUCAGAACACUGCCUGCAGCUCCCACGGUGCCCCAAGACGUCAUCUCCACAUCCAACUCCUCCUCCCACCUCCUGGUGCGCUGGAAGCCACCGACCCAGCGCAAUGGAAACCUCACCUACUACCUGGUGCUGUGGCAGCGGCUGGCAGAGGACAGCGACCUCUACCUCAAUGACUACUGCCACCGCGGCUUGCGGCUGCCCACCAGCAACAACGACCCGCGCUUCGACCGCGAAGACGGGGAUCCUGAGGCCGAGAUGGAGUCCGGCUGCUGCCCCUGCCAGCACCCACCUCCUGGUCAGGUUCUGCCCGCGCUGGAAGCACAAGAGGCCUCGUUCCAGAAGAAGUUUGAAAACUUUCUACACAAUGCGAUCACCAUCCCCAAAUCCCCUUGGAAGGUGACGUCCAUCAACAAGAGCCCCCAAAGGGACUCAGGGCGGCACCGCCGAGCAGCUGGGCCCCUCCAGCUGGGGAGCAACAGCUCGGAUUUCGGGAUCCAAGAGGACAAGGUGCCCCGUGAGCGAGCGGUGCUGAGCGGCCUGCGCCACUUCACGGAAUACCGAAUCGACAUCCAUGCCUGCAACCACGCGGCGCACACCGUGGGCUGCAGCGCCGCCACCUUCGUCUUCGCGCGCACCAUGCCCCACAGAGAGGCUGAUGCUAUUCCAGGAAAGGUGGCCUGGGAGGCCUCCAGCAAAAGCAGUGUCCUCCUGCGCUGGCUCGAGCCACCAGACCCCAACGGACUCAUCCUCAAGUACGAAAUCAAGUACCGCCGCUCGGGCGAGGAGGCCACAGUGCUGUGUGUGUCCCGUCUUCGAUAUGCGAAGUUUGGGGGUGUCCACCUGGCCCUGCUGCCCCCUGGAAACUACUCUGCCAGGGUUCGGGCAACCUCACUGGCUGGCAAUGGCUCUUGGACAGACAGCGUUGCCUUCUACAUCCCUGGCCCAGAGGAGGAGGACGCUGGGGGGCUGCAUGUCCUCCUCACUGCCACCCCCGUGGGGCUCACGCUGCUCAUCGUUCUUGCUGCCCUUGGUUUCUUCUAUGGCAAGAAGAGAAACAGAACCCUGUAUGCUUCUGUGAAUCCGGAGUACUUCAGCGCCUCUGAUAUGUACAUCCCUGAUGAGUGGGAGGUGCCUCGGGAGCAGAUCUCCAUAAUCCGGGAACUGGGCCAGGGCUCUUUUGGGAUGGUAUAUGAGGGGCUGGCACGAGGACUUGAGGCUGGAGAGGAGCCCACGCCCGUGGCCCUGAAGACGGUGAAUGAGCUGGCCAGCCCACGGGAACGCAUUGAGUUCCUCAAGGAAGCUUCUGUCAUGAAGGCCUUCAAGUGUCACCAUGUGGUGCGUCUCCUGGGUGUGGUGUCUCAGGGCCAGCCAACUCUGGUGAUCAUGGAGUUAAUGACCCGUGGGGACCUCAAGAGCCAUCUUCGAUCUUUGCGGCCUGAGGCAGAGAACAACCCUGGGCUCCCGCAGCCAGCAUUGAGGGAGAUGAUCCAGAUGGCUGGUGAGAUUGCAGAUGGCAUGGCCUACCUUGCCGCCAACAAGUUUGUGCACCGAGACCUCGCAGCCCGCAACUGCAUGGUGUCCCAGGACUUCACCGUCAAGAUCGGGGACUUCGGGAUGACUCGGGACGUGUAUGAGACAGACUAUUACCGCAAGGGUGGGAAGGGGCUGCUGCCCGUGCGCUGGAUGGCCCCCGAGUCCCUCAAAGAUGGGAUCUUCACCACCCACUCGGAUGUCUGGUCCUUCGGCGUGGUACUCUGGGAGAUUGUGACCCUGGCUGAACAACCCUACCAGGGCCUGUCCAACGAGCAGGUGCUCAAGUUCGUCAUGGAUGGCGGGGUCCUGGAGGAGCUGGAAGGCUGUCCCCUUCAGCUGCAGGAGCUGAUGAGCCGCUGCUGGCAGCCAAACCCGCGCCUGCGCCCAGCUUUCACGCACAUUCUGGACAGCAUACAGGAGGAGCUGCUGCCCUCCUUCCGCCACCUCUCCUUCUACUACAGCCCGGAGUGCCGGGGUGGCCGGGGCUCCCUGCCUCCCGUGGAUGCAGAGCCUGACUCCUCACCCACUCCAAGAGUGGCUUCCUCAGACUGCAGCCCUCAAAAUGGGGGUCCAGGGCACUGAGGGGCACCCCAUUCCCUGGCUGACUGGCCUCCCAUGGGCAGAAAGGAAGGGACCCGACCUCUGUGGCUGAGAUGUCUAGAUGUUCGCCCCCACGCAGACAGGGCGGGGGGGGGCCGAGGGUUGGGGAGAGAACAGGAGCAGGGAAGGCUGUAGGGCGGCACAGUGGUCUCACCAUAGGAGUUUCUCAGACUCUGAGUCCCUGGGGUUUGAAAGCAAGCAGGGUCACAGCAGGAGGAGUGGAGAUCGGGCCAGGGACGGAUGUCCUGCCCUCAGUCAAGGGACCCUGCUCAGACUAGGAAGAGGGGCCCGCCCAGCCUAGAGGUCCUGCCCCUCAGUUUGGAGCCUCCUGUGGACAGGUAGGGGCAUCAACAUGUCUGAGAUCAGAUGAGCAAUCAGAAGCAGGCCUGGGAUGCUCUCCCUGCAUUUGUGGGAGGCAGGGUUGGGGGGCCCCAUGGCCCCCUUGCUUGCCACUGCUUUUCACCUCCUCCCCUCGGCCCCACCGACCAGGUGGUGUGGGGAGAAGCCCGGGGCCUGGGGAGUGGUUCCCAGCCUGCCCGCCCUCACCUCCUCCUCUCCUCUUGCCCCACCUAGGGCCCCCCAAGCUUGGUGCAUCCCUUGGAGGACAGUCACCCCUUCUCCAGUCCCUCCCCUCAAUGAUUCGACCUGAAUGCUUAAGGCUUUAAGAGCCUCAUCUUCCCCCCUCCCCUCACCCUCGCCCAGCCCCGCCCCCAGUGCCUGCCUCUCUUGGGAAGACUGAAGAAGGCACAAUAAAUGCUGAGGCCUGUUUGUACCCUGGUCCCAGGCAGCCCAUUAUCUCUCCAUCUACAUGGUGUUAACACUGGAUGAACUUCCUCUCUCCCUCCUCUGGGACUCGAGGUGGUGACCCUCAGGCAGAGACACAGUAUAAAUACGCUGCUGUCAAACAGCACCUCCAUGAGGACCCGAGCGGCCAGGGUUGCCAUGGCAGUGAGGCAGGACAAUCUUGCUAUUAUCUCCCACUCAGGACCAGAAGUGGCUGAGCCCAGCAGGGAACCUUUGUGUCUAGCCUCCAAGCAGAACCAGCCAGGCCCCGACACCUCAUCUUAAUUACAGCCCUUGUUAUGUCUGUUAUAUCGGUCUACUGGGUGGGUAUUUUCUGGAGUGUCAUAGGACAGACUUUGAGCAGACAUGGGGCAGGGAAGAGGCCCUGAUGACAUCACCUGUUCAUGCCAGAUGCCCCCCCACCCAAGCCAGGGGACACACAGCAGAGCAGGGUCCGUGUGUCUGGCACCCUGUGGUUAUCCUGAGGGGCCAGAAUCUCAGUGUUUGUCCUGCAUGUAGAGACGCCUUUGAGGCAUGUGGACGUCGCACAGGAGAGUCAGUUCCAGGCUUUUAUGGCAGUGCCGUAAGGGCAUUGGAAAGGGAAGAGUUGCAAAAGAAUGACCUCAAACCUUGGCGAAGGGGGUGGCAGCGGGA